AUGCCUUUACUCCCGUGCUUGGCCGCUAUCAUCCAACUCCUUCGCAACUUGCUCGGCUUUGUCAUCGUUGCCAUCACACACAUCGCACCCCUUCCUCCGCAACCGCUCCCGAAUGCCACAUUGCUACCUUGGCCUGCGCCGCAUCCUAGUCCUUCAGACGCCGUCCAACCGCCUCGAGUGCCGUUGAGCCUCCUUCCCGCAACAGCCGAGAUGGCUUUGCUACUGCGUCAAAUGACUGCCGCUCAAAUAUCGGCACUACCCGGGCUGUUCUCCGCCCUUCGCCAGGAGUGCGCCGGUCUUGAAAGAUCAAUUGCCGACCGACCCUGCCGAGAUCACGCAGCCGCCUUCCGGACCCGGUGCUCCGACGGUCCCGCUCGGUGGAAGAUUAUAGGGGCGGGCGGGUUCCCAAAGUGCGACGCCCGUCGAUCUGACCUGGCGGAUAGCUGGCGGCCGGCAGCGGGAGGGAAGAUGAGAUCGUUUGUCUCUGACCACGGCUGUCCUCAUCUUCCAGCAGGCGCUCAAGCCGAGAUCCGACAUCUUUGGGCUUGGAAUCAACUCACCCGCAGUUGUACGGAUGAGUUGAAUCCGCUGAGAGUGAUUGCUUUAGACACCGAGCCCACCAGCCAGGUCAAUACUUUGGAGCCGCAGUGUCAUCCUAAAAACCGAUUGGCCGAGUCAAUCGACGCGUCGGGACUCGACAGGGCGACCUUCUUUGACCGCAAAGUCCCCACCGUCACGCCGGCAGAGGCCAUCAGAGUUGCCAGUCACUACUUGACACAUGCCGAUCUCGUCUUCAUGUGGAGCGCAGAUUCUGGCAUCAGGGCUCUCUCAAUCCCUGCUGAAACGAUUGGCAUGUGCCACAUCGUGGACGCCCAAGAUCACCCGGCUAUGAGGGCUCUGCUGCAAGUCCCUGAAGCCAAAGCCAAAUUGGCAGAAGCCUUCCUCUACUGCUUUGGGUGCGUUCAUCAGGCGCCAGAGCGGUUGACCGUUCGAACCCUUCGUGGAUCAUUUUUGCGUGAUUGGUGGCCUGACGGAACUAUCGCUCCCAAUUCUUCAAAGGCGGAGCUGACGGGCCAUGAUGUCAUAUGGGGUUGUCUCGCUACAAUGGCCUUGGGAUUGCUAAUCCAUCAUUGGGUCAGCUCCGAUGCUCACUCGGGCGCACAUCUCCCGCGACCUGCCGGCGCAGGGUGGGCUCCCAUGACAAAAGUUGGGAAAAACUUCCCUGGAGCGGUUAUCGAUGCUUCUGGACCGAAUGUGGUCAUCGUCGGGCGGUACCGUCUAGAGGGGUGUCUCUCAGCAUGUCAGUUUGUCCAGGACGUCGCUGGGUGUGAGGUGAUCCAAGUUGGGCAGAAUCAAUUGAUGUGUCGCAUAUACGUGAGAGGUGGCGACCAUGAGGCAUGUGUGGAAAAGCUGGUCUGCGAGCUAUCUUCGCCAUGGACCACCCUAGCGAGAGCUUUCUCUCUUCAGACGUGCGUCUUCCUGGCUGACGGACUCGAUGUGGAUCAGCGGUUCGCCACGUCAUUCGAGCAAGCCUGCGAGGUCAGGCAGAAACAAAUCGAAUCGAAUGACAGUAGUUCUGCAGCAACAUGGCUUCGGCAGAAGACUUCUUCAGGUGGUGGGAACAACGACGAUCCCACGCUCACUUCCCUCACCCUGGGGUCUAUGACAAUAUCAAGCCCAAAGAUGAUGGAGCCAAACUCAUGGAGCACUCCGUGGUGCUCACCUUCCAUCAACAGUGCGCCGAUGCCAACGAUCAAGAUCAGCACUGUCAGAGUCCCAGUGGGUCCCUUGUCUGUCUUUGCUUCUUUCUCUCUGUCGGGAUUGACAUUGCUCGAUCCUGACUCUCUCAGAAGACAGCCACGUCAGUCCUCCGGCGGCCCCGCCUAUGUUUGGCGUUUCGUCGACUCCCACCCUUGGUCGGUCCCUUUCGGCAUACGAGUGGCGACUCCGAAGAACCUAUGUGAUCGUCCCCGUCUUCUCGUCCCGCCGCGAAACCCACCCCCUGCCACCACCUCCGCUCCAACCGCAUCUUCUCCCGCAUUGGCCGUCACAAUAACGCACCCUCUGCUUACUCCCUCGGCUUUGGCGGCGCAGCCCACCGCCGUCGAGCUGCCUUGUGUCUCUAUUGCGAUCAAACCCGCAGAGAAGACAAGGGUGUUACAAGCUCUGCAGGGCAUUGCCUCUGAUACGUCGAUGACCAUGCUGCAGCGCGAAGCCGCAUACCAAUGGCAUAUGGUUGUGGCUCGAGGGCCUGUUCCAUGA